AUGGCACCCAAAGACCCACCUCCGCCUCAAUCCUCGAUAAGCCGGACCUAUCUUCUGCUGUACAAUGCCACCUGUGCCGCUCUAUGGCUGUCCAUCUUGGUCAAGACGGUGACUGCUUGGAUCCAGUCACCCGAUAUCACAGCAGUGUACAAAUCUGCGGAACCUUUGACGAGAUAUACUCAAACCAUUGCUGCCGUUGAGAUUCUCCACGCCGCACUCAAUAUCACUCGCUCACCCGUUUUUACCACAUUCACACAGAUAUUCGCUCGUUCCGUGCAGGUGUGGGCUAUUAAUUAUGCAUUCCCUGACGUGGCCGCUCCCUCGGUGGCGUACGCAGCCAUGCUCUUGGCUUGGUCUUCGGCAGACACAAUCCGCUAUCUGUAUUUUGCAAUUAUGCAAGCUGGGUGUUCAGUUCCGGGGCUUUUAAAAUGGUCUAGAUACUCGCUCUUUUUGAUUCUGUAUCCCAUCGGAAUCAGUAGCGAAUGGUGGUUGAUGUAUAAAGCAACUACCGUCGCAAUCAAUUGGGCUGUGUUGGGCAUUUUCUAUUUCUUCUUGGGCCUUUACGUGCCUGGUUCGGUGAUGAUGUACUCCUACAUGCUUAAGCAAAGACGCAAGGUUUUGGCAAAACAGUAA